UUUUAGAAUUUUGACUAUAAAUAAACGACCGUCGGUGCGAAUGGUCAAUCAUUUGCGGUUUAAGAGCUCAAGGUGUGAGACAUAUCCACAACCACGAAGAGAUGAAAUUCUUUAUACUUGCCACCUGCCUUUUCGCUUUGGCUGCCGGAGAUGUGUCACAUUUGCCAUUGGAAGUCUUGGAGGAACAUGAGGGCUACGGCUACGAUUAUCCCAAGCCGGUGGUGCCAUUUGUGAUAACCACAACCACGGAACCCCCACCGCCGCCACCACCAACCUAUCUGCCUCCCAAGCCAGUGCCUACUUAUCUACCUCCCCCACCACCAACUACUACCACCACCACAACCACGACGACACCCCCGCCACCACCACCACCCCCACCAACCUACCUUCCUCCUCCUCCACCCACAACCACAACCACUACCACUACUACUACCACCACAACUCCUCCUCCGCCGCCACCACCUCCCCCAACCUACCUCCCUCCCCCACCUCCAACCACCACUACCACCACCACAACAACUCCUGCUCCCACACCGGCACCCACCUACCUUCCUCCCCCACCACCACCAGAACCAGAUCACGGCUACCACUACGAGGCACCCGUGGAACCCUUCAUUUUCUAAUCGAAUAACAAACACCAAAGUCAACCACCGAACUCGGAAGAUUUCCCCGGAUCCGUCUUGUUUUUUGUCGAAUCGUUCAACUAGGCUUAGCUUUACAUAAGUUAAUAUUAUCUCAAAUAAAUGCUGUUUUGUUAACCCCA